AUGAAACUUUUUAUCAAUAUCAUUACUAUAAUUAGUCUAUUUGUUGAACCAAUUAUAAGUAUAGAUGUUUGUACUAAUGUACAAUGUAAAUGCAACCAUCAUUUCACCAAUGUAUAUUGUGAUUCAAAAGGUUGGACAAGUUUAAAUACUAUAGAAUUUCCUUCACGUGUUCGUACUUUAACACUAAUUAAUAAUAAAUUGAAAUUCGAUACAACUGAUGAUCGUUCAAAGAUCGAAAAUUUAACAAGUCUACUAGAUUUAAGUCUUAAUCAAAAUCCAAUUGAAAUAAUUCCACCAUUUAAUAAUUCAAAAAUUCGUUCAAUUUCAUUACAAGAUACAUCAAUAACAUCAGUUAAAUUUCCUUCAACUUAUUUGAAUUUAUUUUUAGAAACUAUAUCACUUAGUAAUAAUAAAAUUCAUACAAUUGAUGAAAAUGAUUUUAUUGCUUUGAAAAAUUCUAAAGUUAAACGAUUACAUAUAGAUAGUGCAAGUCUUUCAACAAUUCAUCAAAAUGCAUUUAUCCCAUUAAUACAACUUCAAUCAUUAUCAUUAAAAAAUAAUCAAUUAAAAUCAUGUGAAUUUUUAUCAACAUUUCGUUUAUUAUCAUCUAUUAAACUUGAUGGAAAUCGAUUUACUUCACUUCCACAAGAAUUAUUAUUAAAAAGAAAUAUUAAUUACUUUUUUAGACAAAAUUUAAUAUCAAUUAUUGAUGAAUCAUCACCAUUAUAUACAUGGCUUAAAAACAAUUAUACAAAUAAUAAAAUUUAUUUAGCUAAUAAUUCAUUUGAUUGCUGUCGAUCAUUAUGGUUUAUUCGUUUUUUAAAUACAUCUUCACAUUUUGUUGGUGAUGCUUCAUCAUUAACAUGUGCAACACCAUCAAAUUAUGCAGGAAAAAAAUUAAUUGAACUUAAUCCUGAUGAAAUGAAUUGUAGUGGAGUUUUACCAAAUGGAACAUGGUGGACCACUGGUCGAAUUAUUGCUGUGGUCAUUGGAGGUUCAGCUUUUAUUUUAACUUCGAUUGUUAUUAUAGUUAUCAUGACUCGUCGUCAACGAGUACGUUCAGGUUAUACAGAAAUCGGUGGAAUAGACGAUCCAUCACCGAAUACUGCAUUAUUAUCAUCAUCUAAUGAACCUCCAUUUCCACCAUAUGGUGAAGAUAAUGAUGCUGUUUCAACAUAUUCUACUGCUCCUUCAAGAAAUACAGUUGGAUCACAUAUAACAUCAGUUAGCACUGCUGGUGGAAUUCCAGCAAAUGAUGAUAAUCAAAUUUGA